UUUGAUAAUGCUUUUGAGGGGGUAUGUAGCUUAUACGAUAUGGGGGCGAUAAAAACUGAUAAAGAAAAACCGCUUACUUCAAAUCAGAUUAAAAAUAAUGUAAAUGCCUUGAAGAGGAAACUUGGAAAUGAUACUUCCCCACUAUAUCUGCGUUUACAUUCUGAUGUUAAUAAGAUCUCUAUCCGUGAAUUAACUUGGAAGGACCCCUUGGCUAGCCAAGUUAUUAGUGACGAGUCAAACAUUGUACAACAAUUACCUACGAAUUUAAAAAAAGCAUUUAUGAAACCAGCUCGAUUGAUGAAACCUACGCUUAUGCCAAGAGUUAAAGAAAUUUGCAGAGAAUUUGUAUCAAAUUUUUCUAGCCGUAAUUAUUUGAAUAGAUUUCCGGAAAAGUUGAUUCAUGAUGGAACGUGGAAAGAACCCGAAGAAAAAAUUGUGGGUGUUGUAAAGGAAAUUUUUAACGCUCUGGAAGAUAUUUGGAACAAUCCAGCUCUUGAUCCUGAAGUAUCUAAGUCAUUAAAUGAAGGAACUUACCAGUCUACAGUUAUUGUACUAACCAUUCGAGCAGUAUUAAAAAAUCUUCCUUUUAGUGUAGCUUCGUUUAUCAGUACCUCGGAAAGACAGAGCAUCGCCAGUGCAGAUAGGAAAGGAGAUGGGAAAAUGGGAAGACGUCCAGAUAUCAUGUUUGUGGAGAAAUAUUUGGACGUGUUCUUUGAACUUAUGUACGCCGAAUGCUCACGAUUAUUUUGUACUGAACAGAAAAAGAUGGAUGAUAAUGUUAAGCUAUGGAGAGAGGUUAAUGAUGGGGUUUACUGGACCCGGAAAACUCUCAAUCCGGAUAAAGGUCAAUUCGGGAUAGUGGGAGUGCAAAUAGCAGGAAAUAUAUUACAUUUGAACGUUCUUAUCAGGGAUAAGGUUAGUGUUAAUAGAUAUUAUCAUAUAGAAUCGGCUGAAAUACCCGUGCAACCAUCGGAUGAAAAUAUCGUAGCAAAAUUUGUGGAAACUCUUUUACUUUUACGAAAUAUAUUAAUUGUAAAUAUAUCCCUGCUACAUCAUGCGUCGAUGAAUACAUCAGAAAGACAGAAAGAAAAUAGUACAACUGUAGAUUCUGAAUAA